AUGAAUAAAAGACCAGAACAACUACGAAAAAAAAGAAUGACUAUGUCAUUAAAAACAAAACAAGAAAUAUGUCAACGAAAGCGUGAUAUUCCAUUUCUUACUAUUGAUCAACUUUCUGCAGAAUAUAGAAGUUACAAACUUACAAUGAUGAUGCCUAAUCAAACACUUGCAACAAAACCAGUGAAAGGACAAAAAAAAGUUAAAGAUAGAGUAACUGUUCUUCUUUGUAUGAAUGCAACUGGUACAGAUAAACUUAAACCAUUAGUUAUCAGAAAGUCAGUUAAACCACGUUGUUUCAAAGGCAUCCAGAAAAAAAAUCUUGGUGUUGAAUAUGAUGCUAGUCAGAAAGCAUGGAUGACAGGGGAAGUUUUUAAACGUUGGAUAAAAUCAUUGAAUACUACCUGCAGGCUAAAGAAAAAAAAAAUUCUUUUAUUAGUUGACGGUGCCACAUCCUAUUCAAAUUGUGAACUUACAUAUGUCAAGCUUCAUUUUUUGCUACCUAAUACAACACCUUAUUUACAACCUUGUGAUGCUGGAAUAAUAUACUCGUUUAAAUCCCAUUAUCAUAAAUUAUUUCUUCAGAAUGCCAUCAACGCUAUUAAUAGUAAUAAGAAAAUACCUCACAUUAGCCUUUUAAAUACAAUCAGGUUCAUUACGGAAGCAUGGGAUAGUGUAACUUCUCAAACGAUCAUUAAUUGCUGGAAAAAGACUGAAAUAGUGCCAUCAAAUAAAUGGAAUCACUUAAGUUGGAAUACAAUGAACAAUGAAUUCGAAGUUGAAUCUGAAGUUAGAGCUGAAGUUGAAGCCGAAGUUGAAGCUGAAAUUGAAGCUGAAAUUGAAGUCAAAAUUGAAGCCGAAAUUGAAGCCAAAAUUGCAGUUGAAAAUCUUAUUUUUGAAAUCCCAUCUGAUUAUAUGAAUGUAAUGUCUGCUAAUGAUUAUAUCCGAAUUGAUAAUACUCUUGAAACUGAAGAGAUUGUUUUAGAUGAGGCUGCUAUUAUUGAAGAAGUCCUUCAUAAGUCAGAUUCCAGUAGUAGUGACGAAGAAAGUAAUGUUGAAAUUGAAAAAAUUCCUCAUUCAGUUGCAUUAGAACAAUGUAGUUUACUAAUACAAUAUGUGGAACAACAAGAACCAGUAAAAUUUGUAAAGAACCAGGAUUUACCACAAUUGCGAAGUUUGUUAAAAUGA